AUGUCCGGCAUGACUUUGUUAGAGUACCUCCGCUCGAGGACCCAAGUUGACCUCGACACCUUCGACAUUGAGGCUGCCCGUGAGCUCAAAGACUGUAUCGAUUGUACUUCUAAUCAGUUUGAGUAUUUCAACGAGCUUUCAAAGGGAGGCAGGAAGGACGUCUUGGAGAAGGCAAUCAAGCUCGCCCAAAAGGAACAUGGCAAUUUUGCAUCGGUGACUAUGGAGGAGCUUGCUGUUGAAGCUGCGGCCGUAUACAUGGCGAUCGAAAUUCGCCCAUUCGUGAAAGGAGACAUUCAUGUUAUGGCCAACCCGUGGUAUGCGUACUCGAAAGAGAAGAUCAUUGCUAUUGGCAGAAGAUUUCACGAACUCUUCGCCCUUCUGGAUGCGGGAUUCGAUAGGACUCGAUUGGUCAUGAAGGUACCAGCCACUUGGGAGGGCCUUCAAGCGUGUCGCGAACUUCGGGAUCAUGGUAUCAAGACAUUGGGGACAACCCUGUUCACCAUGGAGCAAGCAGUUCUGGCGGGUGAGGUGGGAUGUGUGUCCAUCUCUCCUUUCAUCCAUGAGCUGAAGGCAUUGUUUGACGAAAGCUAUCGUGACGGGGCUACUCUUCUUGACUUGUGUGUCAGAGCUCAGAGAUGGUAUGAUCAGAACUAUCUACCAACCAAAGUGAAAGCGUGCGCAAAUAUUGGCGUCGAUGAAAUUAUUCAAUUGGCAGGGGUCGCUGCCUUUACUAUCGUCCCUGAUGAUCUUCGGCUGUUGGAUUCUACUCGCCGAGGAGAGUCUGAAAUCCACAGUGCAUCACUAUUCAACCAACAGUUGACCGACGCACAGAAAAUGGACUAUACUUCCUAUAUUGAUGAAGAAUCUAAGUACCGAAUGGAUUUUGCCCACGCAGACGAUGGAAGCGCACAACUGAAACUCGGCCAGGCAAUUCAAAUAUUUUGUGACUUUCAGGUCAAGGCCGAGGGGAUCGUGAGAGCGGCUAUGCAAGGAGAUUCAUAA